AUGGCCGUUGUUACAUCUCCUACUCUACCUUUCAACAAUCUUGAACGCCAUGAACUUUCCAAUGCACUCGAAUCUUCAACUGAACUGACAUAUCCUGUUUCAAGCAGCAAGAAAAUUAGCUUGGACGGGGAUAGAUACUUGGUGGUCAGUCCAUACGACGAAAAACCUCAUCUACUAGAUCUCGAUACAUUGGAUACGCCAAAUCAAUUGCUUGCUAGAGCCCUUGUUGAAUUGAAAUGUCUGAGAGAAGAUUAUGCAACUGCACCAUAUAUUGAUACUUUCAAUUGGCAAGAAGUCAUUGAUUCUCUUCAAGAGCUGGCAGAAGCCUCCAAUUACACCUGGAAGGAGGAAUUUUUCUACAUCGUUGUCUUCAGAUCUCAAGUCCCACCUGAAACCGUCGCCCAUUACUCUGACCUUGGUGCUCUUGACAAAGCUGCCCACGCCGAAGCGACCGAGAGUGGAGGAUUUCUCAAGUACUGGUUCGGAGUACCUGACAAGAACGGACGAAAUCUUGCAACUUGCGUUUGGCGUAGUUCACGAGAUGCUAAGAUUGGUAGCGUGGGUCCACACCAUCGAGUUGCAGCCAACGCAGCCAGACAUAUGUAUACAGAGUGGAAAAUCGAACGAUUAAGGCUCCUAGUGAAGGACGAUGUUAAAGGAUGGGAUAUUGAACAAUGGGUCGACUAA